GCAUGAGCGGCAUGUCGCGGCCCGGCGGGGCUGGGCGAGGAUUGGCUGGAGGGACUGUAAUUCAGCGGUUUCCGGAGCUGGGGCAGCGUAGACUGGUAGGGGGAGCCUGGGGUUCCGACGUCGCCGCGGAGGGAGCGAGCCCGAACCGGAUCCUUGACAAGACCCCCAGCUCGGCGCUCACCCCACAUCUGCUAGGCGAGACUCCGCGGCCUGAGGGACCCCGCGGCCCGCACCCCGGCGCAAGCGCAGCCCCGGCCAGUCGGGCCUCAGCCCGAGCAGCAGUUGUGACCCCUGAUUCCAGCAGAAUGGCCCAAUGGAAUCAGCUACAGCAGCUGGACACACGGUACUUGGAGCAGCUUCAUCAGCUGUACAGUGACAGCUUCCCGAUGGAGCUACGGCAGUUUCUGGCCCCUUGGAUCGAGAGUCAAGAUUGGGCAUAUGCGGCCAGCAAAGAAUCACAUGCAACUUUAGUGUUUCAUAAUCUCUUGGGUGAAAUUGACCAGCAGUAUAGCCGCUUCCUGCAAGAGUCCAAUGUUCUCUAUCAGCACAACCUGCGAAGAAUCAAGCAGUUCCUUCAGAGCAGAUACCUUGAGAAGCCAAUGGAGAUUGCCCGAAUUGUGGCCCGGUGCCUGUGGGAAGAGUCCCGCCUCCUCCAAACUGCAGCCACUGCAGCCCAGCAAGGGGGCCAGGCCAACCAUCCCACAGCCGCCGUGGUGACGGAGAAACAGCAAAUGCUGGAGCAACACCUACAGGAUGUCCGGAAGCGUGUCCAGGAUCUAGAACAGAAAAUGAAAGUGGUAGAGAAUCUCCAGGAUGACUUUGAUUUCAACUACAAAACCCUCAAGAGUCAAGGAGAUAUGCAAGAUCUGAAUGGGAACAACCAGUCAGUGACGAGGCAGAAGAUGCAGCAGCUCGAACAGAUGCUUACUGCGCUGGACCAGAUGCGGCGAAGCAUCGUGAGUGAGUUGGCAGGGCUUUUGUCGGCUAUGGAGUACGUGCAGAAAACUCUCACGGAUGAAGAGCUGGCGGAUUGGAAGAGGCGGCAGCAGAUUGCUUGCAUUGGAGGCCCUCCCAACAUCUGCCUAGACCGGCUAGAAAACUGGAUAACCUCAUUGGCAGAAUCUCAACUUCAGACCCGCCAACAAAUUAAGAAACUGGAGGAGUUGCAGCAGAAAGUUAGCUACAAAGGGGAUCCCAUUGUACAGCACCGGCCAAUGCUGGAGGAGAGAAUCGUAGAGCUGUUUAGAAACUUAAUGAAAAGUGCCUUCGUGGUGGAGCGGCAGCCCUGCAUGCCUAUGCAUCCCGACCGGCCCUUAGUCAUCAAGACCGGUGUCCAGUUUACAACUAAAGUCAGAUUGCUGGUCAAAUUCCCUGAGCUAAAUUAUCAGCUUAAAAUUAAAGUGUGCAUUGACAAAGACUCCGGGGAUGUUGCAGCUCUCAGAGGAUCCAGGAAAUUUAACAUCCUGGGCACAAACACGAAAGUGAUGAACAUGGAAGAGUCUAACAACGGCAGCCUCUCCGCAGAGUUCAAACACUUGACCCUGAGAGAGCAGAGAUGUGGUAACGGGGGCCGAGCCAACUGCGACGCCUCCCUGAUUGUGACUGAAGAGCUGCACCUGAUCACCUUUGAGACUGAGGUAUAUCACCAAGGCCUCAAGAUCGACCUAGAGACCCACUCCUUGCCAGUUGUGGUGAUCUCCAACAUCUGUCAGAUGCCCAACGCCUGGGCGUCCAUCCUGUGGUAUAACAUGCUGACCAACAACCCCAAGAACGUGAACUUUUUCACCAAGCCCCCAAUUGGAACGUGGGAUCAAGUGGCCGAGGUGCUGAGCUGGCAGUUCUCCUCCACCACCAAGCGUGGGCUGAGCAUCGAGCAGUUAACAACGCUGGCGGAGAAACUCUUAGGACCUGGUGUGAACUAUUCAGGGUGUCAGAUCACGUGGGCUAAAUUUUGCAAAGAAAACAUGGCUGGCAAGGGCUUCUCCUUCUGGGUCUGGCUGGACAAUAUCAUUGACCUUGUGAAAAAGUACAUCCUGGCCCUUUGGAAUGAAGGGUACAUAAUGGGCUUUAUCAGUAAGGAGAGGGAGCGGGCCAUCUUGAGCACCAAGCCCCCAGGCACCUUCCUGCUGAGAUUCAGUGAAAGCAGCAAAGAAGGAGGAGUCACCUUCACCUGGGUGGAGAAGGACAUCAGCGGUAAGACCCAGAUCCAAUCGGUGGAACCAUACACCAAGCAGCAGCUGAACAACAUGUCGUUUGCUGAAAUCAUCAUGGGCUAUAAGAUCAUGGAUGCCACCAAUAUCCUCGUGUCUCCGCUGGUCUAUCUCUACCCUGACAUUCCAAAGGAGGAGGCGUUCGGAAAGUACUGUCGGCCAGAGAGCCAGGAGCAUCCCGAAGCUGACCCAGGUAGUGCUGCCCCAUACCUGAAGACUAAGUUCAUCUGUGUGACACCAACGACCUGCAGCAAUACCAUUGACCUGCCGAUGUCCCCCCGCACUUUAGAUUCAUUGAUGCAGUUUGGAAAUAAUGGUGAAGGUGCUGAACCCUCAGCAGGAGGGCAGUUUGAAUCCCUCACGUUCGACAUGGAGCUGACCUCGGAGUGUGCUACCUCCCCCAUGUGAGAAGCCGAGGACGGAAGCUGCAGAGAGAGGUGACAGAGGCACCGACCCGUGUUCCACCAGCCCUUAAACAGCCCAAGCCCAGAUCAGCUCAACUCCCAACUCUGUGGUUCCAGAUUUUUUUUUCGUCUCUCAUUUCGGUUAUCUUUGAGCAAUCUGGGCACUUUUUAAAAUAGAGAAAUGAGUGAAUGUGGGUGAUAUGCUUUUAUCUAAAUGCAAAUAAGAAUGCGCUCUCUGAGGCUCUGAUCAGGGGGUGUGGAAGGGGUGGCGAGAGGGAGAAAGAGGAAAUGUCUUUUUUUGCCCCCCUGCCUGCCUUUCUCAGCAGCUUGUUGUCCUUGUCAGACAAGCGCCUCUGGUGCCCGCGGUGUCCCUCUGCCUACUUCUGUAAGCUGAUGCUACAGCUGUCUCUAGCUACAUCCUCCUGGCAUUGCACGUUGAACCUUGCUGACGUUCAAAUAGAAGAUAGGACUUUCAAAGCCCCUAGGUUUCUUUUUAAACUUAAAAAAAAAAAAAUGUUUUUUAAAGGACAAAAAAACACUGUAUCAGCAUAGCUUUUUCUGUAUUUAAGAAAACUCAGUUAAUUUCCUCCUUGGUGCUUUAGGCAUUCAGCUUUCUUCAGGCUGAUAAUUUAUAUAAACCCUGACACGAGCUUCAGAUCCAGCCCUUAACAGACAUCUGAAGAUGUGGCUUGGCCUUUGGUUUUCAUAUAGGACGGUUGAAGGAGACCCUAAACAUUUUAGACUUUUUUUGAUAAACAAAGUUUUUAUUUUCCCCUUUCACCUACUGGCCUGUUAGUAAGUGAGGCUGGGCAGAGGGGCACUUUCAACCUGCUCGCCUUUCCUCCCUGCCUGUUUCCGAGCCUGCGUGGUUUCUGUGGGUGCCUUCUAAGGGAUGGGAUGAUUCUUCCUCUCCCCCAGUUUACCUGAGCCACUCUUGUGGCAUGGCUCCUUCCCAUGUCUAAAGGUCCCUUGUCCUGUUUGCUAUAGGCAUCCUGGUCUCAGGACCUCCUGGAAUAAGAGGGAGAGAGUUACAGGUCGAACAUGAGUCAGACUGGGGGGCCCCAGUCAAGGGUCUAGUUGAGCUCAGGGAAUAUGGUUCCUAUCCCAGCUUCUUGGUGAUUUCCUGCGGCACCUGUAAUCACUUCUUCACUUGGUUAAGCCAGGGGCAGAGGCUUAGUGAUAAGCUCGAGGUCUGUCCCUCACGUGAGGGAGUGUACACCCCAGCCUACCCCCAGCGCUGGUGACCGUCUCCUCCACAUGGGGGCCCCCGCGGUGAGGCAGGACUACUUGCGUUUUCUGUGCAUCUCAGAACACUUAGCAGCAUGAGAGGUGGUCUCUGAUAUGGGGCCUCCUCAGACCUAGAGGCACGGCCAGAUUGGGUGGUCCGUAACUACCUUGUCUCAGUCGACCGGAGUUUCUAGGGAAUGCUAUGCGUUACACCCAAAUUCGCCAGUUUUUGAAGGAAGGGGACGAGACCUUCUCUCCAAGACAAACGGGGGUUUGAUAGGUGGUACGGAGCAACCUCCCUUUAGCCACACUCUCUAGAUCAUAAUCAGCUUAAUUCGAGGGACCUCGGGUGAGGAUCCCGGCUUCGCUGGAGCAGAAACUAAAACCCCGUGGCUUUUAGGUCGCAUGUGUUUCUGGUUUUAACCCUGAUUGUAGCAAAAGCCCUGAGAGGAGCUGAUACUUGUUUUGGCCCCUCAUUUAAAAAAACCCAGUCCUCCAGGACCUGCCUGCCUGACCCCUGCCCAGCCUAGAGAUUCCCAUGGAUGCCUGAGCUACCCACACGGUGGUUUGUGAGAUGCUGUCCUGACCACUGCAUUCAAAUUACAAUGUAUACUUACUUAAUAGUGUAAAAAUUUAUAUUAUUGUGGGGUUUUUCUUUUUUUUUUUUUUUUUUUGUAUAUUGCUGUAUCUACUUUACCUUCCAGAAAUAAAAGUUAUAUAGCAAC